GUGCCUCUGCCCAGAGUCCUGCCCGAUGUGCCUCUGCCCAGGUGUCACCAGCAGAUUUACAACGAAAAUCUUCCCACAACCAGUGUCAUUAUCUGCUUUCACAAUGAAGCCUGGUCUACACUGCUGAGGACAGUACACAGUAUUCUCGACAACUCUCCCAGAAGGAUGUUGAAGGAAAUUAUCUUGGUAGAUGACCUCAGUUUUCAAGGUCACCUUAAGUCUGCUCUGAGUGAAUACAUUUCUCGAAUUGGUGGAGUGAAGCUCAUAAGAAGCAACAAAAGGCUUGGUGUUAUAGGAGGUCGUAUGCUUGGGGCAGCCAGAGCAACAGCGGAGGUUCUGGUUUUUAUGGAUCCGCAUUGUGAAUGCCACCCAGGCUGGCUAGAACCCCUGCUGAGCAGAAUAAUGAAUAACAGAAAUAGAAUAGUUUCACCCAUUCUAGAUGUCAUUGACCGGAAAACGUAUGACUAUUACCACUCACCUGACCUGAGACAAGGAGUGUUUGAUUGGAAACUUGAUUUUCACUGGGUUAAUCUGGCAGAGAGGGAAGAGAAGGUACGACAAUCUCCCAUCAUUCCAUUCAGAACUCCUGUAAUACCAGGAAGUGUAAUAGCUGUGGACCGUCACUACUUUCAGAAUAUUGGAGCCUUCGAUACAGGCAUGGAGAAUUCAGGAGUGGAAAAUACUGAGCUUUCUAUCCGGGUUUGGCUCUGUGGUGGCUUUGUUGAAAUCGUACCAUGUUCACGAGUUGGCCAUCUGUCUCAGAUUCACAGCACAGCUAAUAUAACUGAAGAUGAUGCAAUGCUAAGAAACAAAAUCCGAAUAGCGGAGGUAUGGAUGGAUCCAUACAAAGAUGUCUUCUAUCAGAGCAUUGGGAUGGAGGUCUUACAUAACCUGAGCAAGAAGACUGAUAUCACCGAACGUAAACAACUGCGAUUGAGACUUGGCUGCAAAGAGUUCCAGUGGUUUUUAGAAAACAUCUAUCCAGAAAUCAAUACCUCGGUCUCGGUGCAAGGAUCAUAUGGCCUGGUAAUACUUUAUUAUCUUUAUGCGUGUGUGUGUGUGUGCGUGUGGGGGGGGGGGGUACAUUUUCACACAUUGUUCACCAUAAAACACUUAAAUAAAUGA